GGCCUGGUGAAUCCAAAGUCAUCUUUCCUGCUAACAUCCUAGCAGCACAUCCUGUUCCCAUUCUACAGCAUGGAAUUUUAAGAUCAAAGGAAUGAACUUUAGAGCAAAAACUGAGACAUCAGGAGGGACACCUUUACAACAGGGAGGGAUUUUCAGUUCAUCCGAUUAGUGUCAUCAUUUCCAUCUAGAAAUAAAGCCCCCAUAUGUCCCCAUGGAGAAUCCUGAAGAAAGGAAGCUCAGCAGUACAACUGAAACUAGCAAUUUCACAGCAGCUUUGAAGGAAUUUGAGAAGUUAGUGGAAUUAACAGCGAUCCAGAAAAAAGAAGAAAGACUCGGUUUAUAUGUCAAAAAUGAAGACACUAUCGAUUAUGAGAAGUUCUAUGAUUCAGUAUUGGAACUAUUUGGUCCAGAAAUAAAAAGCCAAGAUGUGAAAAGCUUUUACAGGAAACUCAGCAACAACCCAGAUGCAUCGGUGGACUGGUGUGAGAUAUUUGGAUAUUUUCUAUCAGAAGAAGAUGCCCUUGCUUCUCAACUUGAUGAAGAAAAUUUGGUUUUUCUUAUUUCCAGAAAACAAAGAUUUCCACUUUCAGGUGGCAGGAAACGUGAUGUGGUUAAAUGUCUCGUCAAGAUUCCUCAACUGAAUUUCCUGAUAAUAGCAACUCAGAAAGGAUCAAUAACUGUCUUCAACAGUAAGAUGAGAGUUCAGGCAAACAUCAAUGUUACAGACACUUCUUGGAUUACAGGAUGUGAUUAUCUUCCUCAACUAAAACGAAUUGUUGCUGUCACAGAAAGAACUAUCAUCAUCUGGGAUUAUAAAGCACAAGGGAGUAGCCAGGACAGCUGUUUUGUCAUAAAGCCAGUGGAUCACUGCCUUCUGUGCGUUUGUGUGGUGCCUAUGACUGACCGUUUGGGCAGAGAUGACAUCCUAAUGGGAGAUGAUGGUGGCUUUGUGAACAAGUUUACUUUAAGCAGUGAUGACUUUGGACUAAGGCAGUCAAAACACAAAAGGAAAGCACAAUCCCAGAUCCUGGAUUCCAAAAACUUCAAAAGUGUUAAAAGGAAGCUACAUAAUGACUGGGUCAUGAAGAUUAACUAUAUCCAGCCCCUUCACUCCUUUGGGUCUUGCUCUUUAGACAGCACCCAUUCAUUUGUUCUGGACUCUUUGAAGAGACUUGGAGACAACACGCCAGUCAGAGAAUUUUCUAUGCCAAGAGGAGCAAAUACUUUUGUAUAUUGUAUAAGAGCAAAUGUCAUUGUUACUGGGGGAGAUGACAAAAUCCUCCGAUUAUGGCAUCCUAAUAUCAGCACCAAGCCUGUAGGGAAACUUGUUGGACAUAUGUUCAGUAUUACAGAACUUGUUACAAAUGAAAAAGACCAGCAUGUGAUCAGUCUUUCUUCUGCAAAGGUUUUUAGAGUGUGGGAUAUACAAACUCUUUCACUGUUACAAGUUUUCCACGACAGUCAAGGAGGACCAGGGGACAUGCAGAUCUAUGCAAUGAUAUUUGACCAAAACCACGGUGUGCUUAUUACAGGAUCUAGUGUUAUUGACAUGUAUCCUUUGACUCGGAUGAUACAAGACACAAAACAGAUCCCACAUAGUCAUGAUCGAGACAUCAAUGUCAUGGUUUAUAACAGAACUUUUCACCAAUUACUCACUAUUUGCUCUGAAUCUAUCAUCAAAGUAUGGGAAUUAGAGACAGGACAUCAAAUAUAUCAGAUUUUUGAUCCCCAUGGAAGCAAUGUUGAAGUAACAACUGCUGCUAUUGAUAAAAGUGGAUUUGUUCUUGCUACAGGGGCAUACACUGGCACAGUUAAACUCUGGGAUUUUGGAAGUGGGCAAGAAAUGAAAAUGUUAUUUGAAGGGAAAGACUGGAAAGAGGAUGAUCAUUGUUUGAGCCAGAUAGCCUUCGUUACAACUGAUAAAAAAAAUCACUACCUGCUCCUAGCUCUGGAGUUCAACGGGAAGAUCAAACUUGUACAGGGUAAAGAAGAAGAUCCUAUUCUUGCUGUGGUAUGGGAACUACCUGAAAUUAUGCCUAUAUUGAUUCAAGGGAAGCAUGUUAUUCAUCUGGCAGUUACUUCAAAUCCCAAGACUAUGAAUUUAACUAUCCCAGAGGUUGAACUGACACCUGAAGACAGGAAGCCUGUUGUCCUUAAUAUUAGCCCUGGAAUCAGUAUGGAAGUGACAUGCUUUGAUGUGCUGAUAAAGGAAGGCUACAACUUGAUUGCCACAGCAACUGUAAAUGGCAUCAUUGUCUUAUGGAACUUUGAAAUGAGUAUUGCCACACAAUUGCACAUACCAGAGGAUGCCUUUAAUCUAAACCUUGACCUGGAUCCCACACGCUUAAAAAUCAAUGCCAUCUUAUUCCUCUUCCGUAGCAAAGAGUAUGCAAGGAAAAUGAGUCAAGACUCUGUAAGUUCUUCAGCACAGAGUGGUGGCUUACAGAGCAGUAAGGGAAGUAAAUCAAGUAUACAUGAUGCUGAAAGCAAAGGUCAGUCAACGGGAGAGCAUUUAGAUGGUACGAAAGGAGAAACGAGUACAGGGCAAAAAACUGACACAGAUGUAUUACCGAACAUCUUCUUAAAUGAACUCCCACCACCAAUCCUAGUCACUGCUCAUGAGGAUGGACAUCUUCGGUUAUGGAACCUGGAGGGGAAAUUAUUGAAGGAUGUUUUACCUUUCACAAAACACUCUGCAAUUUCUCUUACUACACUGUACACCGAUAUCUAUGCCAGAGUGCUGCUUGCUGGAAAUAUGGAAGGUCAUGUAAUACUCUGGACUAUUGGUUCCUUCCUAGACCCUCCACAUGAAGAAAAGAAAUUUAAGCAGCAGAUUGCAUGGCGUGGGCAUGCUUUGAAAAUUGUCAAUGUCAUCUACGUAGAGGAUAAACAAGUGGUAUUGACCUGUUCUGUUGAUGGGUCAAUAAGAGUUUGGCAUGCUCGUAAUGGACAUUACUGUGGCUACUUUGGACAGCGCAGAAAAUUUGAACUGAAUCAAGUAUCUGAUUUCAUCUUGCCUUGUGAUGUUACUGAACGCCCUGUAGAAGUAAGAGAAGAGAGCAAAUACACGGAAAAGAAACAGAAAUAUGAAUAUCCUCUCAUAUUUGAUCGUAACAAAUGGAGGAAAAUGAGUUCAUUCUCCUUAUUAUUCAGACGGCCAACUCCAAAACCCUUUGAUGUUAAUCAAGAAUUUAAGUUUUUCAAAACACUUUCUUCUCCAAAGAUUAGAAGAACUGUUUUGGAACGUUCCCAGACAGGAAACAAAGAAGCUGGGGUUAUAUUUGGUGCUCUACAUAUAUACAGGGUUCCAAGCCCUACAAGUCUGAGAUUCCUUCCCCUCAUUGGUGCAGAUGCUCAUAAGGAGUCUUCAGAAAAUUUCCAAGGAAAAAAGAAGGGAGGCCGUGUACAACAUACACAAGGUCGAAGGAGAAGUCUGAGAAGAAGUUUAGCCCCAGGGGUUAAUCUGAUUUCUGCAUUCUUCCCAGCCAUUCAGAAGUAGGAAGAAAAAAAUUAAAAGUUGCUGCUACCCAGUCUUUAAAUAAAACCUUAAGAUCUGGUCAA